CCUUACUAGGGGGGUAUGUACUAUGUGUUUACUUUUAUUUCAGCAAAACCACCCAACAACUGAAAAUGCAAAACUAAUCUCGGCUUUGGUUUGAAAAACUGCAAUAAUAUACAUUAACAAUAAUAAUCAAGGUAGUGUAAGAUGGGUAGAAGUAAAAAUACGCCAAAAAAGCACGAAACUGACAGAAUUCAAUACUUAGAUUACAUUCCAGUAGUUAAAAAGCGUCGAAGUCGUGUUGAUUAUACUACCGAGAAGUUCAUCAAUGUAAAUCUACCCACAGAUUUGUGCAGACAAUGGUAUUUAGGAGAAAUAUUAAUUGGCUCUACUAAUAAUACAUUUCCCGACCAGUUUAAAACUGUGAAGGUAUCUUUUAAAUUCAAAGAUGAUAGUCUUGAGGAAAAGCAUCAGUUCAACAGUAUUAUUAUAUCAUGUGAUUCCCAUUCUGUAAUUGUAACAGAUUAUACCAAUAACACAAGUUUUAUUAAAGAGUUAAUGAGUUUGACAAAGAUAUUUUCAUUUGAUUUUUCAUGCAGAGAUGAAAAUUUGUACCUGAAAAUAUAUUUUACUCAACUACCACUGCCAAAGUUUUACCCAAAGCUAGGAAACUGCCUGAAAAAUCUUUUUAUACAAUUGUUUGGAGAAGUUUGUUCUAAUAUAUACGAUGACUUUAAAAAUACUUCCAAAUGUUUCCAUGGCAAUUCAGAGGUGCAGAAGUUGUAUGAUAAGUUGAUAGAAAAAAGGAAGUCUGAUAAGGUUGAUUAUAAUGUCGAAGAAAAUGUGCAGCAUCACUAUUUAAAACCUGAGUUAAGGCCUUAUCAACAAGAGUCAAUAAAAUGGAUGUUAUAUCGAGAAAGAAUGGAAGAUUGCAAAACAGAUUUUUUGCACCCUCUCUAUACUCCAAUCAAAUUACCAUCAAAUAUUGAGAUCUAUUUUGACAAAUACACAGGAUUCAUAUGUAUUGAAAAACCAUUAACUUCUCUCUCUACAAAAAUUGGCAUCCUGGCUGAUGAAAUGGGUUUGGGAAAGACUGUAGAGGUUAUAGCUUGUCUUUUACUCAAUCCUAAAAUUGAAUCAAAAGAAGAUUAUUCAAGAAACAACCCAAAUCCUGAUAGUAAGUUAGAGCUGUCAUCAAAAAGCAUAAAAGGGAUGUUAGAUGAUUGUGAGGAGUCUACUGUUGUGAAUAGAAAGCGUCGAAGCUCUGUUGAGGAACCAGAAGGUCCCAUUAUAACAAUUCCACAAAAAAAAUCUAAGCAUUCAAGUGAACCUAAGGAACCUAAGUAUGUUGAUAAACCGAGGAAGUUACAGGUGCCUGAAGAUUGGAUAAAAGGCAAGACAAAGAAAAGUUCAACAUUCGUAGCAUUGAACAUGUGGUACAACAAUAUUUUAGCAGAAACUAGUACCAUACGUUCUAGUUCAUUUGAAGAAGUUGAUAGAAUAUCUGUUCAGUGUGUUUGUGGAAGUACUUCUGAGAGAACAGCUAUUAAAUGCUCCAGCUGUGAUGUAUAUCAACACCCUAAAUGCUUGGGGUACACAAAAUCUUUAGGGAAGUAUUUUUGCCCACAAUGUUGGAUGAACCAGCCACUUGUAGAGUCCAAGGCUACUCUAAUAGUAACUCCUGUAGCUUUGAAGACCCAAUGGUGCAAAGAAAUUGCCAAACACAUUAAAGGAAACUUGAGUGUUCUGCAGUAUCAAGGACAUAAUAUUAACUCAGUUUAUCCCACUGAGCUGAAAGAAUAUGACAUUGUUUUAACUACAUACAGUGUGCUUGCGCAUGAGCUGAAGCUUACUCAUACUGAAGAGGCCAAGAAUUUGAGAAAGGGCAAAAAGUACUUUCGACCAGGGUGUCCAUUGACAAGGAUCAAAUGGUGGAGGCUUUGCCUGGAUGAAGCUCAAACUGUCGACACUCCUGACUGUGUGGUGUCUGUGAUGGCUAGGAAAAUCGAAGCUGUUCACCGCUGGGCGGUUACUGGAACGCCCAUUUCAAAGAACAUAUCAGAUUUACAUGGCUUAAUAGAUUACUUGCAAAUAUCCCCUUAUAACGACCUUACUACAUGGCAGAAGAUCUUAUACCAACCUUAUUUAGUGGGCAACGAAGAACCGUUGUUGAAUUUUUUAUCGACUAUCUUGUGGAGAACGUCCAAAAAAGAUGUAGCGGAUCAAGUAGGCAUACCAAAACAAACCCACUUACACCACACGCUGGAGUUUUGUGCUGUGGAAAAGUAUUUUUACAAGAGGGAACACGAAAUCAGAGGCAGCUUUUUUGCGGAAAAAUGUAAGGGCUACGAUCCUGCCAUAUGUCUCGAUACUUUGGACAAGAAGACUUUAAAAAAGAUAUUAGAACCAGUAUUGACGUUGAGACAGAUUUGCGUUACUAUGACAACGCCUAAAGGUACUUUCUUAGGGUCAAGGAAAGAAGUGACGUCAAUGAAAGAUCUAUUGGAUGCUCUAAUUUCGAACAGCACCAACGAUACAGAAGACUGCUUGAGGCUAGUUAUUUCUGCAUAUAACGGUAUAGCCGGUAUCCAUUUACUCUUGCAAAAUCCACAAGAAGCUAUAAAUACGUACAGAGAAGUGUUACAGCUGGUCGCUAAAUUUUCCGUGGAAAAUAGUAAAAUAAAACUUACGGUAGACAAACCACAAGUUAUCCACACGUUGUAUAAUCUUGCAGAAGUGUUAGAUAUUUACCCACCGGAGCAUCCUACCUUAAGAGAUAGCAGUUUGCGGAAUGAUUGCGAAGAGUUGGAGACGAAAUAUUUGGAGAAAUUCAUCUCUGAGUCGUGCGCGGCGUUCGAGAAUUUUCAAUCGCUUACGUUGGCUAUAGAAGAGUUGCAGAAGCGGUUUUUGCUCAAAGAUGGUCAGUGGUAUUCGGACGGUUUGGAGUGGGUCGUUGUGAAUCGUUUUUUGACAGAAUUGGAUACUAAAAUAACUGCAGGAUGCGAUACAGUCGGCAUUAUAAAUGAAGUAAGAAAUGACAGCCACGGGAACAUUCUUCAUCUCCUAUACACUUGGCAUAACAAUUUGUCGAUUUUAAGAGAGGAAUUAAUCGUCGCCGUUACCGAUCUCUACAAUUACAAACCGGACAGCAUUCAUAAAAUUGUCAUCAAGAGGUCUGUGGUGAACAAGGCAAUGAACUGUCACUUGCGGCCACAGAAAAAAGGGCAAAAAGCGACGAUCAAGUGUCCAGUGUGUGUCUCUAAUGAGUGUUUGAAAAGGUACGAGUUGAAUUUGUUUAAUAUGACACAAAGGGGGCAGAUGUUCGAUGAGAUGUCGUUGAAAGGUAACUGGAAGCCGACAUUACCAGAAGUCAUUAUGCAAUCAUUACGCAGCGUCCUAAGAGUGCAUGGGGCGAAACCAGAAUUCAUUAAAGAUGGCGGCAUACAAAUGAGUAUGAUUAACACCAUGAAGAAGGAGUUUAAGGAACUGCGGAAGUUCUGGACAUUCUUAGAUCAACAGAUUUGUGCUAUGGAUGAAUUAGACAUUUGCAAAGUUAGGUUGCAACUCAAGCCCGAUGAAGAAGAAAAGAAGGCUAACAAAGUAUUGAAAAAUUUAACCUACGAAUUAGACAACAAACAUGAAACCAUACAUUUACUCAGCGUUCACGAGCUCGAUUAUCAGUUGAUGUUACUACAAAACGAUGUUCAGAACAAUACAACAAAGUUAGAGAAGCUUUUGGGCACGCAGGGUUACUUAGAGACCCUAAGGAAGCAACAGUAUGAAGGUCAAAGUCCAGAUCCUUGCCCUAUUUGCCAAAAUCAAUUGGAACUACACUGGAGCAUCUUAUCCUGUGGCCAUUGCUACUGUUUGGAGUGUAUACAAGUGAUUUUAGAACAGGCUUCAGGAGACGUGAUAAGCUGUUCUGUGUGCAGAAAUAGGCAGCUUUACAACGAAGUCUCGUAUAUUAACGCUGUGGAAACUACUAAAGACAACUCUGUACAAAUAAAAGGCAGUUACUCCACGAAAAUAUCACAAAUAGUGAAAGUAUUAAUCGACUUGAAGAAAGAAGACAAGGACGCCAAAGUGUUGCUUUUUUCGUCGUGGAAAAACGUUUUGGAUACUGUAAAGAAGGCACUCGAUAAAAAUGACAUUUCGUCUGAAUUGGCACUGAGUGGAAACCUAGAUGCCAAAAUUACAAGCUUUAAGGAUCCUGCCAAAAAUAUUACAGUGCUCCUCUUACCAGUGCAGUUAGGAUCCAAAGGUCUAAAUCUAAUCGAAGCUAAUCACGUUAUGUUUGCCGAACCUCUUUUAAAUCCUGCGGAUGAACUACAAGCAAUCGGGAGAAUUGACCGAAUAGGACAGAAAAGAAAUACCUUUAUACACAAGUUUCUGAUGAAAAACACCAUAGAAGAAAAUAUACAUCAGGCGACAACUUCAAACGCUCAAAACUGGGAAAAAAAUGCUGUGACCAUUCAACAUAUGUUGGAUUUGUUUAAGGUGCCGGAAUUGGCUGAUCAUCCUGAAGGGGAGACUUAAUUUAUAUGAAAAAGAAGACGUGAUAGACGAGCUUUUUUGGAAUAGAUGAAUGAUCCUUAGAUGAAAACGAAUUGCCAAUAAAUUGCGUUCAGGGAAGACCUGAACCUCUCUGGAUUAUCUGUUUUGUUUUCCUUAUUGAUCACAUUAUCACAAUAUUUUGUUUUACUGGCCUGCAUUUUAUGUAGGAGCAAAUUACUUUGAUUUGCUGAAGUUGGAAGAUACCGCCAAAACAUUCUGGAAGAUGACAGAGUGCCUAAUAAGAUUCUUUUAAAUUUUUUCAGCUUCGUUUACAAUUACAACGAAAUUUGUCGAAUGAAAACAUUCAUUUUUUUUGUGUGUACCAAAAUAUUUUCUUACGAUCAUUCCCCACGUUGGACGCCCAAAAUUAUGCGUUCAAGGUCAACAGUUACCCAAUUAGGCUUUGUUAUUGAUUUAUCCAAAUUUAAAGUUAUUUUAGCUUACAAUAGAAUGAUAUAUUGGAUACAAAAUCGAUUUUGUUAGUGGCUAGUAUUUUAAACACACGUUUAAACGAAUGUUUUUAUUCAUUUUUUAAUCUUAUUUUACUUUAAUCUAUCUGUUGUCAAAUAACUUAAAGUUAACAACUAAAUAAAAACUGUUUUCUUCUAUAAAAAUAUUGAUCUUUGUAAAUUU